AUGGCGUCCUACAAGUUGGUCUUCCUUUUAGCAAUGGCUGGCGCUAUAACAUUGGUCUUUGAUGUUUUACCAUCAUCAGGCUUUGAAUUUUUCAAGACUAAAAAAGUUUCAAGCGACUUCAUACUUGGAUCCAGACUUUCGGGCGACAGGCUUAUACUUCAAAAAACCAUUUAUAGAACAGCCAAGAGUUGGAAGAGUAUUUCUUUGAGAGUGAGUUUCAAUGCUUCUAAACAUGUCAGAAUCACUCAGGUUGUGGCUUACGAUCAGAAGCGAAAUGGCAAAGCAGCUGUUGUAAAAUUAUUCAAAGGAGGCCCUGGAAAACAAAAUAUUACUCUGAAAUUCAAAAGUCGCAGAGGCCACGGAAUCAAUUACAUCGUCAAAGUGUACGGUCGUUAA